GUGGUGAUGAUGGUGGUGGUGAUUGUGGUUACGGUGCAUUGUGGAGGUGUUGAUGGUGAAGGAUGAGUGUGUUAUGCGGUGAUGAGGAGAGUGGUGUUGGAGGUACUGACAAUGAUGGUGAUGGUGGUGGUAGUGGUGGUGGUGGUGGUGGUGAUGGCAAAAAGGAUGUGAUGAUAACAGAGAUGAAGGACGAUUGUGGUGAUAGUGGUGGUGGUGUUGAGGAAGGUCGAGAGCGAAGAGUCGUGUGUCUGUAGUGGUGAUAGCGGUGGUGUUGAAGAUGGUGAUUAGUUAACAAAGACCAAAACAAAAGACGAUCGUAAAGUGGAUGUGGAUGGUGGUGAUAACGGUCGUGAAUUAGUUAACAAAAACCAAAACAAAAGACUAACGAGAAAUAGCGAAGAUGAGAAUAGUCGUGAAUUAGUUAAAGACCAAAACAAAAGACGAUCAAAAAAUGGCGAAAUAGAGAAAACUUGCAAAGACUGAAGGAAGGAAGGAAGGAAGGAAAGAAAGCGAGUGAGAGAGAGAAGAGGAAGGAAGGAGGGAAGACAGGAAGAGAGAGAAAAAGAAAACUGGAGAAGACAGGAGGAACAAAAAUAACGGAAGAAAGGAAAGAAAGCGAGUAAGAGAGAAGGGGAAAGAAGGAGCGAAGACAGAGAGAGAAAAAAAAAGAAAGCUGGAGAAGACAAGAGGAACAAAAAUAACUGAGUGACCCAUGAAAGAAAAACAAGUUAGGAGCGAAGCGAAAGAAAACCGAGAGGGGAAGAGAAGGAGGAAGAAGAAUUGAAAAAAAGAGAAACGAGAGAAAAGUUAAAUAUGAAAAAGAGGAAGGGAACAGCUGGGGUGGAAGGAAGGGAAGAAAGAGAAGGACGAAUAAAAAAAAUGAAAAUAAAAUCACAGAAAGAAGACCAAAAAAGAAGAACGAGGGGAGAAAGAGAGAGAAAACAAGAACAAAAAUGGAUCACAAAAGAGGUAGAAAUUGAUACAAGAGAGGCAGGAUAAUUUUAGGCCUAUGCGAAAUAGAAAAUAGAAAUGAAAACAAGAGAGAAAGAAGGAAAAAUAAAUCGAAUAAGAGAAAAAAAACGAAAAAAGGAAGAAAUUGGUGUUUGAAAGAGGCAGAAUAUUUUUAGGCCUACGCGAAAUGGAAAAUAAAAAUGGAAAUAAGAGAAAGAAGGAAAAUAAAUCGAAUAAGUGAAAGAACAAGAACAACCCACAAAAAAAGAAAAAUGGCAAAAGAAGGAGGCAGGAAAAUUUUAGGCCCACGCGGAAUAGAAAAUAAAAUGAAAAAAAGAAAGGAGAAAAAAUAAAUUGAAUAAGACAAAGAACAAGAACAAACCACAAAAAAAAGAAAAAAAAAAGGCUAAAGAAGAAGGCAGGAUAAUUUUUAGGCCUAUGCGAAAUGGAAAAUAAAAAUGGAAAUAACAGAGAAAGGAGUAAAAAGCAUAUUGAGUUCAGAUCCCAUUAGCGUUUUCCGAUUACUAGUGUCAAUCAGCUUGGUCAGCGUUCGUGUGAGUGAGAGCGAGUGAGUGAGUGAGUGAGUGUGAGUGAGUGAGUUGAGUGAGAGUGAGUGCAUGACCGAGUUUCUGGGUUAAUUUAGUCAGCCAAUCAGUCAGUCAGUCAGUCAGUCAGUCAACAGAGCAAUAUGUAUGUGUGAAUAAUGGAGUGUUUGUGUUAUGCGUCCCUGUGUGUGUGUGUGUGUGUGUGUGUGUGUGUGUGUGUGGACAAGACCAGGUAUACAUAACCAUACACUUACAGAAUCACCAUCAACUCUUCGUUUUCAUCACCAUUCCACUUUCACUGUUCAUCACCACUUGCUCCCCCUUCCCCUUCCCCCCCUUUAUCACCACCACCAUCAUCACCACCACCACCUCUAUGCAUCAUCUACAUCAAUACCACUACAAUCACCACCACCACUACCAUCACCACCACCACCAUCUUUAUCUUUAGCCUUCACCCUCAUCACCUUCACCACCAUCAUCACCACACCCACAACCUUCACCUUGAUAUAUCCCUUCCUUUCCCUCACCACCACCACCACCACCAUCACCACCACAAUCACCAUCAUCAGCCCUAGCUCCACGGCCUACACUUACCUCCCACUCCACCAUCACCUCCACUCAACCACCGCCACCACCACCUUCACCACCGCCGGCACCACCGCCCCUCACCACCCCCGCCAUUACCCCACAAACUCUGGCGCGGUGAAUGUCACUACAAAAACUAGACGGAUCAACUUUCGCAAGACCAGUUUAAUGUGGAGAGAGAGAGAGAGAGAGAGAGAGAGAGAGAGAGAGAGAGAGAGAGAGAGAGAGAGAGAGAGAGAGAGAGAGAGAGAGAGUUAAAUUAGAGGUGUGCAAGGUAAAAUACGAGGUAAAAGGGCCAGGGAGGGAAAAAAAGCAGGUGAAUGAGGGUGCGAGAGAGGGAAACAUUACCUGCAGCCUCGGUCUCGUGCACCUCUCUCACCUGGGUUACCUGAGGGGCACAAGGCCGCGCGGCACCACCAGCCUCCCGAGAGGCGGCGGGGUGUUGCCUUGGCUUAUGCAAACAAUCAUUGGUGUUCCUCUGUUUCCAUGACUCAUUAUCUUUGUCUCGUAGAUCUGAGGAGGAAGCUUGACUAGCGAGACGCGAGCGGUAAUGACCCAGCGUUUGUGAGGUGUUUCGUUGUGCUGGUGAGCCGCGGUGUGCGGGAGUGAAAUGUUCCCUGGUGUCGGCGUGGUCGCCAAACUGCCGCUGCUGCUGCCGUGUGUGGCGUGACCUUUGUAAGGUGAAGGCAGUGGCAGCGUCCCGCGUGGCUGAACUGCUUUGUGCGCCAGGAAUGCUGACUGUGGUGGUGGUGGUGGUGGUUGAGGCGGCUUCUCGUGCUCACUGAGACAAGGCGCACAGGCAGACAGUCAUGGAAGCCGUGAACAACGGCGUGGAGGACUCCUGGAGGGACGCGGAGGGGGAAAUACCGCACCCAGUGGUGGUGGUGCUGGGGGCCGACGGCGACGAGUACUGGUGCAACACGCCGCCCCCGGAGGUGAACAUCACCAUGUGGGGCACCCCCAGCGGCCCCUCCAGCGGCUCCUGCACCCCCAACACCCGCUCUCCUUCCCUCAACUCUUUCUGCUCCGAGGCCUCGUGGAGUGACGCCGGCAGCGACGACUCAUCGGUCUUCAAGUCCAACGGGGACCGAUCGCGUCACGCCUCCACCGAGGUGUUGUCCGACAGCCACGGCUUCCUGAAGGCGGCGCCGGAGCGGCUGUGUGCCUCGCAGGACCAUCUCAACACCGGCAAGGCCAAGGAGCGGCACCUGCCACGCUCACGCCAGUACAAGACCAAGGAGAUUGUCAGGGAGCGCUCCGCCUCCAUUGUGGAGGAAAAUCGCCGCGAUGCCUCCUCGGACUCCAAGGUGAAAAAGUUCAUAUCCAGGAUGCGCUCCCACUCCCACCAUGAGCUGUUGCUGCACGGGCGGAGCCGCGCCGGCUCCCUUGUCGACGCGGAGAAACUCGAGGAGUCGCUUGACCCAGAGCCUCGCGAGGUGCCCCCCGCGGCCAUCAACUCUCGUCUUUUGGGCCGCUUCCGCAAACAUGGCCUUGACCUCAAGAAGAGGCGCUGGAGUGCUUGGGAUGAGAAGGUGCACAUAUUCCGGAUGCGUGGUCAUCGGAAUCACGAGGAGGAUGACUCUGACCCGCCCCGGCCCGCGGCGCUGGCCCCCGCCGCCCCUGCGCCACGGAAGGCAGCCGCUGUCCUGAACAAGCCCCACCUGACCCGCACUCGCUCCAACUCCGAGUCCGACAUCAUUGUGAACAAGAAAAAGCGGAAGCGACGCUUCUUGGCAAAGGACUCGCGCGUGAGGGACCUCCUGAUGGAAUUCCACUACCGCAAGAAGCGCGGCAGCCUGCCCUCGCUGGAUGCCGAGGAGCAGCGGCAGCAGCAGAAACAGGGGGAGGUGCCCCGCAAGGAGGGCUUGUCCGUCAGAAGGGACGGUCGUGCCCUCUCGUUCCACAACCUCACAGACUUUGCUGUGGAUGAUUACUUCGGGGGCGACACUCCGGGGACGCUCUCCGAGGACGAGACGGACGGGGACCGCUCCCGCCCCGCCCUGCUGGAGCUGGACGCCCACCCGCACCCGCACGGCCGCGACCGCCGCCCGCGCUUCUCCAUCGACAACAUCCUGAAUGUCAUCAGGGGGCGCCGGCUGUCACACGAUGUUGGGGCCGCUGGGCGUCACGUGACAGAAGCGGUGGUGCCGUGGCUGCGGGGCAAGAGUCGCAGCGUGGAUCACAGCAUCCACAAUCCCUUCGACUUGGAUGUUCUCAGAAAGAAGAUUGGGGAAAGGACAGCCUCCGAGCCCUCCAGAGACACGCGCUCCCCAUCUCCAGGUAGGUGACAGGGGAAGGGGACA